AUGUCUGCCAACGACAGGGUUGGUGGUGAUGACACUCCGGACCAUCACGAGGCCCGUGAACAUGCACCCAGUGUGGCAUUCAACAUGGUGGGCCGCUUAGAGGCUGAUGACGGCGCGAAUGUGCCUCCAGCCUCUUCUCAGAAUAACGCUCCGGUCGUCAGUUUCACGGCUCAGCAGGAGGCCCAGGUCGUUCGCAAGUUGGACCGUCACCUCAUGACGCUUCUCUUCGUCCUUUGCAUGAUAACCUUCCUUGAUCGCGGAAACAUUGCCAAUGCCCACAUCGCCGGCAUGGAUGAGGACCUCGGUUUCGACAACGAGGAGCAGUACCAGUGGCUGUUUAACAUCUUUUACAUCGCCUACGUCAUCUUUGAACCCACCGCUCUGCUCUGGAAGAUCGUCAAGCCGCACCAUCUCUCAGCCACCAUUGUGUUUUGCUGGGCUAGCUUCGCCAUCUUCCAGUCUUGCGCCCACUCCUGGGCCGACCUGAUGGCACUGCGCUUCUUCCUCGGUAUCCUUGAGGCCUGCUUCGUACCCGGAGCCAUCUAUCUACUGUCGUUCUUCUACCUGCGUCACGAGAUCGGUUUCCGAUGCGGCAUCUUCGCCUCUGCCGCGCCGCUGGCCUCGACCUUUGCGGGCGCCCUCGCCUACGGUAUUACCAACGGAUACACACGCGUCAGGGGGUGGCGUCUGCUCUUCGUCGUCGAGGGCCUGCCAGCCAUGGCCAUGUCCAUCGCCGCCCUUUACUACCUGCCCGACUCUGCGGAGGACGCCGUCGGCACCGUCGGCAGCGCCAGGAUCGGAGCGUUCAACCCCAGGGAUAUCCUGCCCGCCAUUUUGGAUUUGAAGGUGUGGAUCUGCGCCUUCAUGUACUUCUGCGGCAACGUCAGCUACUCCAGCCUGCCCAUCUUCCUCCCGGCUCUCCUCCAGGACAUGGGCUUCACCUCCAUCAACGCGCAGGGCCUGUCCGCCCCUCCUUCGUUCGCCGCAUUUGUAUCCGCUCUGGUCACUACCUGGAUCGCCGACAGGACAAAGCAGCGAUGUCUCAUCAUCUUCGCCGCCGCUAUCGUCGGAGCUACGGGUUACAUCGUACUGGCUACUGUCGAGUCCGUCGCGGUUCGCUACUUCGCCACCUUCCUGGCCUCAGCCGGCGUCUUCUCGACGAUUCCUAACAUUCUCGGAUUGACGCUAAACAACCAGGGUAGCGAUACGCGACGCGGCUUAUCGAUCGUGAUAAUCAACCUGGUCGGCCAGUGCGGACCGUUCCUGGGCACGAACAUCUUCCCGGCACGCGAGGGGCCCCGCUACAUCAACGGCAUGUCGCUCUGCGCCAUCGCCAUGCUCGGCCUGGCCCUUCUGGUCAUGAUACAGCGGUCGUUCCUCAUUUGGGAGAACGGACGCCUCGACCACCAGUCCGGCCCCGCUGGCGCUGGCGCUGGCGCCCCCCGCGACGGAGAGCAAGGAGACGGAAACGGUGAGCAGGGCGUGGAGCUCGACGACAUCGCCGUCGAGAACUACGGCUCCAGGUUCCGAAACGUGUUCUGA